CUCUCUCUCUCUCUCUCUCACGCCCCCCGUUCAGCAAGCGGCAGCAACAGCAGCAGCUCUCACAGCUCGUGCACCGACCGUCCCAGCAGCACAUCUGCCCUGCGAACACAUCUGCACCGCGCGCAUCUGCUGCGCAUUUCCACAGCACUUCAGCGCGCGCUCCGUCCUGCGUUGGGAAAAUGGAAAUCCUCCAGCCUGAGUUUGCAGGGAGAGGCUGAUAUCACACUGUAGGCACACUCAGGCUUCCAGGCUGGAGCGGAGCGACGGCGCGAAAAUGGAGCUGUCACUUUGCUGCGUGUGGCGGAUCAGCGUUGCUCUCGCGCUCAUGGCGUCUGGCGCUCAGGGGGAACCGAGCGAUUCUCAGAGUGCGUACUUCCUGCCGGAGUUUGCACUCUCUCCACAAGGAAGCUUUCUAGAGGACACCACAGGGGAGCAGUACCUCACUUACCGCUAUGAUGAUCAGUCCUCAAGAACUACUCGUUCAGAUGAAGACCGGGACACGGGUUGGGACGCUUGGGGAACCUGGAGCGACUGUUCGCGUACCUGUGGGGGCGGAGCCUCCUAUUCUCUCCGCAGAUGUCUGAACGGAGGGAAUUGCGAGGGAAGGAACAUCCGUUACAGGACGUGCAGCAACACUGACUGCCCUGCAGAGUCAGGUGACUUCAGAGCUCAGCAGUGCUCCGCCCACAAUGACAUCAAAUACCACGGACAGACCUAUGAGUGGAUUCCUGUGAGUUAUGACCCGGUCUCUCCGUGCGCACUGAGGUGCCAGGCCCGCGGGAAGAGCCUGGUGGUGGAACUCGCGCCCAAAGUGCUGGAUGGCACUCGCUGCAAAACGGACUCUCUGGACAUGUGUAUAAACGGAAUCUGCCAGGAAGUGGGCUGUGACAGACAGCUGAGCAGCAAUGCUAAGGAGGAUAACUGCGGAGUGUGUGCUGGAGACGGCUCCACGUGCCAGCUGGUCAGAGGCCAGGCGCUGACCCACGUUACUCCAGAUGAACCGAUGAAAACUGUGAUUGAGGUGCCGCUGGGCAGCCGAAACCUGCGACUGACUGCCAAGGGGUCAGACAUUAUAGUGAUCGAGGCUCACAGUCCUGCUGGCAGGAGGGAUGAGCUGGUCUUCAGCUCUACAGGUUCGUACACACUGGCCGACACCACUGUGGACUUCCAGAGAGGAACCGAGAGACAGACCCUCCGUUGCCACGGACCCCUGUCCUCAGAUUUCAUCAUCAAGCUGAAGUAUGCAGUGCCCAAAGACACGGUGAUGCAGUUCAUGUUCUACCAGCCCAUCCGCUACCAGUGGAGAGAGACGGACUUCUUCCCCUGCUCUGUUACCUGUGGAGGAGGCUACCAGCUGAACUCGGCCGACUGCGUAGAAAUCCGCUACAACAAGACCGUGCCGGACCACCACUGCCACUCCUACCCAGAGAACAACAAACCAAAGCCCAAACUGAAGGAGUGCAACAUGGACCCCUGCCUCGAAAGUGACGGGUUCAAGGAGGUGAUGCCCUACGAUCAUUUCCAGCCUCUUCCACGGUGGGAGCAGAACCCCUGGACCUCAUGCUCUGUCUCCUGCGGUGGGGGGUCUCAGCAGCGCUCGGUGGUGUGCGUGGAGGAGGAUAUGCAGGGGCAGGUGGUGCAGGUGGAGGAAUGGAAGUGCACACAUUCGCCCCGGCCAAUCACAGAACAGCCCUGCAACACCUUCGACUGCCCCAAAUGGGUCGCGAUGGAGUGGUCUCAGUGUACGGUGACGUGUGGUCGGGGUUUACGGUACCGUGUGGUUCUCUGUAUUGACCACAAUGGGCAGCACACUGGCGGCUGCAGCUCCAGCCUCAAACCCCACAUUAAAGAGGACUGCCUGGUGCCCAUCGCCUGCCACAAACCCAGAGAGAGCGUACCUGUAGAGGCCAAACUGCCGUGGCUAAAACAAGCCCAGGAGCUGGAGGAGACCAAAGUAGCCACAGAGGACCCAACGUUCAUCCCGGGCCCCUGGUCGUCCUGCAGCGUGUCGUGCGGGGUCGGACUGCAGAAGCGCUGGGUGAAGUGUAGAGUGCUGCUGUCCUUCACUCAGGCUGAGGUGGAUCUGCCGGAGGAGGAGUGUGAGGGGGAGAAACCUGUCCUUCAGAGAACCUGCAGCAUGGGCCCCUGUUCAGGCCCCGGGGGCUCCGUGCAGUGGCCUGUGGAUUUCCCGGCUAACCCCACACAGCUGGGCUUCCUAUGGGAGUACCGAGGCUUCACAGCAUGCAGCGUCUCCUGUGCUGUAGGCAGGCAGGUGGCCGUGGUGCGGUGUGUUCGGGCGGGGAGGCAGGAGGUGGUGGAGGACUUUUUCUGUGAUGAGUUGAGGAGACCCCCUGCCAUGGUCCGCAUCUGCAACCCUCAGCCCUGCCCUGCCAGAUGGGAUUUCAGCGAGUGGUCUCAGUGUUCGGAGUCGUGUGGUGUGGGGCUGCAGACACGCAGUGUGCGGUGUGUGAGGUCAGUGGGGAGUAACCUCACAGAGUCAGUGGAGUUAUCAGAGUGCAAAGGGAGCAGACCACCAGAGCUACAAGCCUGCAACCAGCACCACUGCCCACCGGCCUGGGAGGCUGAAGAGUGGCAGCAGUGCUCUCACGCGUGUGUGAGGGGGACGCAGUGGAGGAAGGUGUACUGCAGGCAGCGUCUGGCUGGGGGGAGCUUCCGGAAGCUUCCUGAUGAAGAGUGUGACGGUGUUAAACCCGCGACACAGCGGCCGUGCACCGACCCACUCUGCCUACAGCCACACCUGGACGGAGGGGAGUGGUCCAAGUGUUCUGUGACCUGUGGGAAGGGGAUUCAGCGCAGGGAGCCUGUGUGUCGGAGGUUGAGUGUUUCUGGUCAGCUGGUCACUCUGGACAGGUCUGCCUGUAAUGGCCUGCAGCCCCCACCCCUCAUCAGGAGCUGCCGCAUGACCCCCUGCAACAAGCACAAGUACUCCAAGAAGCGAUGCCCUCAGGUUCUGGGCCUGAAACGCAUCUACAUCCAGACGAGGCAGGAGAAGAGGCUGAGCUUCACCAUCGGUGGACGAGCUUACCUUCUUCCAAAGACGUCCGUCGUCAUCAAAUGUCCAGUGCGCCACUUUCCCAAAGCCCAGAUCCGCUGGGAAAAGGAUGGCCAGGACCUCCAGAACUCCAAACAUCUGAGCAUCACCAAGUCUGGAGCUUUGAGGCUGUACAGCCUAGAGACCGGGGACAUCGGCGAGUAUCGCUGCUGGGCCAACCAGGCCUCAGACAUCUUCAUCCUGAAACUGAUAGGCCAUGAUAACAGGCUUCUGGAACAUCCUGAAGGGAAGAGCUUGGGUAAGGAGAGGAAUAACAGUGGAUCCAGGACUUUCCUCAACAAGGAGGGAGGAUACAAUAGUGCCAAGUGUCAAGACCAGGAGGAAUUCCAAAUCGUCAAGAGAAUCCCCAAACCAGGAAGAAGCUGGGUGCAGAAGAAUGAAUUUUACCUGGAUGAAGGCCAACCUCAAGGAAACCCGACGGCUCUGGGGAAUUCUCUUCUGGCCUCCAGUUCUUCCAGUGAAUCCCUCGUUUCGGCAGCUUCCGGAGCUUUCGUUAUGGAACCGUCCCAGUUCGAGGCACUGCUGAGGAACAUCAGUCAGCUUGCAGAAAGUGGGGAUGUGACCGAUGACCUCGCUUCCCACCUUAUUAGCAGGUUAUUGGAAGAAAUGGCAGCAGCUCAGGUCACUUCAGAUAAGGAGACAACCUCUCGAGAAAGAACAUCCAAAGAUAAACAUCUAGACAAGACCCCAAACUCCUCAGAACGCUCCGGAGGGGAUCUGAGGAAUUUGAAAAGCCGAACGGUCAUUGUACGUCAUAAGCAGCACGGGUCCACCAUGAGCUUCCAGAGGGACCUCAGGAUCAGUGUUGGCCAGACCACCUACGUCACCAAGGCAACCCACAGUCUGACAAUUCUCUGUCCGACUCAGGGGGUCCCUACUCCAGUUGUAUCCUGGACCAAAGAUGGAGCACCACUGAGAGACAGGGGAUCAUGGGAUAGCACCGGAGGACUGCACAUCUCCAACCCCGGUGCCAGGGACGCUGGGGUCUACAGGUGCACGGCCAGCAACGAAAUGGGAUCAGAUUCGGAAUCUACGCAAGUGCUGUUGGCUGAACCUCCUGCCAUCACAACCUCCUCAAGGAACGUGUCUGAUCUUCACAGUUCCAGUCUGAGAGUUCCAGUAGGGGGAAGAAUCAGUGCUCGUUUAGGUGCCAACCUCACCCUGGACUGCCUUGUAACAGGUGUUCCUCAGCCGUUGGUGAGCUGGCACCGCUUGGAGGGUCCUCUGAGCUCCACUGCCAUCCCGCUUCCAAACGCCUCCCUGCUGCUCCACAACCUCACACUGCAGGACGACGGGACCUACUGCUGCGUGGCUUCAAACCCCCUCAGCAAAGCAGUUUCAUCCAGCAUCAUCCACGUAACAGCAGGGGCGGAGCAGAAGGAGCUGAACAGGAAGCGAGUGGUGAUGGCCUCUCGGAUCGGCACCGUCAUCACCGUCACACAGGGGGAUAUUCUGAGAAUAGGCUGUCCUGUCGUUUCCAGUCCCAGAAAACCCAUUAAGUGGACGUUUCAGAACCAAACCCUGAAGCAGGGGGCGGGGCUGCGUUACCGCAUGCUGGUCAGUGGUCGCGUCCUGGAGAUAAACACAAUGACUGGCCGCUUUAAUGGACACUAUGGCUGCCAAACUUAUAUCGAUGACCAGCUUGUUUCUGCCUGGAUUCACGUUCUUUCACAAGAGUUUGAGUGGCGUUUGGGGGAAUGGAGCGUGUGCAGUGCGAGCUGUGGGAACAGAGGAUCUCAGAUAAGAAAGGUCCGCUGUGUCGGAGCCGACGGGCAGGAAACACAACCGUCCUCCUGCCAGAACCGACCCAGACCAGCGUCCCUCCCACGACCCUGCAACCUCAACCACUGCCCACCCAGCUGGGUGUCCACGGUCUGGUCUAAAUGCUCGUCGUCGUGUGGUCGAGGUGUGCGGCAGAGGCAGGUGUCGUGUCAGCGUUUGGAGGCCAGCGGCAGCAUGCGGGUGUUACCCAGCUCUGAGUGUGAGGGAAGCCCCCGGCCCGAGGAGAACCAGGAGUGUGUUUCAGACGCCUGCGCCGAGUGGAUCACCGGAUCGUGGGGACAGUGUUCUGGACGCUGUCUGGGUCCGGCCAUGUCCACUCAGAGCAGAGCGGUUUCCUGCAGAAAUCUAAACGGCUCCAACUCCAACACUGCCUGCGACCCCAAACAGAGACCGGCCUCAGUGCGGAACUGCUCGUCAGAAAUGUGUGACGUCCACUGGCGGGUGUUGCCGUGGCGGCGGUGCACGGCGUCCUGUGGGAGUGGCUUCCAGUCACGUAAGGUGGAGUGCGUCCAUCACCAAAACAACAAGACGCUCCCUGACCUGCACUGCGCCUGGCAACGGCGCCCACUCACCUGGCAGCACUGCAACAUCACUUCCUGUGGCAGUGAGUGUAAGGACACAACGCAUUACUGCGCGGUGGUGAAGCGGCUCAGACUCUGCCUGGUGGAGCCGUACAUGCAGCGCUGCUGCCAAUCCUGCUCACCGGACACCAUCUAGUGACCAGUAACAGAACUGCAGAAAGCAGAAUCAUCUUUAUCUGGAUAAAACUGCAGGAGUUUGCUGACUGACUGAGGGAACAGUUGAGUUGCUGUGCUGCUGUUUCUGCACACGGCUGCGUGUUUAUGGAUUAUGGAUGCACUACGUUUGGACUGAAUGGAUCUGACUGGUACUCGGGGCUGGGAGACUGUAGAGGACAUGAAAGACAAUUUGGGUUCAUCACUGAUGGAGAGAAAAGCACUAAACCAGCUCUCUCUCUCUUUCCCCUCCGGACUACAGUUUAUCCUGUUCAUUAUCAGCCUAUCACCAGUAUACGUGCGUAUUAAAUUAAAUCAGAUCUGUGUUUAUUAUUGCUAUAGCUUUACUGACUGGGGGAGGAGACGGGGAACACUGCUGGACCAUUCACGAUUCAUGUGAAGGAACACUGAAGUGAGUGCAGUUGAAGUGUACAUAGUGUACUGAUAUUAAAUAUAUCAGUAAUACGGACUGUAAAAUAUGAAGUGAAGAGUGGAACAGUCUGGCUUUAUUUUCCUUUUUGAUGUUUUGAUUAAAAGCUGUAUAAAUAUUACAUUACAAAAAGAGAAACUCCAGCAUUCGAGCUAACCUCUGCUAAUCUGAUGCAUCUGUAUUAAACACACACUGCAAUUUUCCACUCAUCACAGUUCAGUGAGUUGAGUGUGUGAAAUUUGUAAGAAUUUGCCCUCUAAAGAUUUUUAUCAAGCUAAAUUUAAUAUCAAACAAAUAUAACCUGGGUAAAUAAUAAUUUUAUUUAUUUAAGAUUUUGCCCUCUAAGCCUAAUAACUUGUUUGUGCUAAACUUUUUGACCAAACUUUUUUCUUAUUAUUGAAUCAUUAACACUGAUCUUAACUGAGGUAAGUGAGACCUGCAGUUCUUUAAAUGUUGUUCUGGGUUCUUUUGUGACCUCCUGGAUGAGUUGUCCACGCCCUUUUAGAGUAAUUUUGAUUGACCGAUCACUCCUGGGAAGGUUCAUCAGCGUUGCGUGAUUUCUCCAUUUUUCUCCAAUCUAAUAAUAGAGUAGUAUAACGCUGCUAUCUGGUGGGCGGGGCUUAAACACAACACUAAAAUAAACCACUGUCUGACACCAAUCUUUACUUACAAACUAGAUUAAAAAAAGAUAAAAUUAACUUACAAUAGUUAAAUAUAUUAUUUUUUCCUACACUACUAACAUGAAACAUUGAAAAGUACAAUUAAUUAGAUCUUUUGCUACAUUAAUUAUUUAAGUUGAACAGAGAUUCGGAUGCUUGAGAAAUGCUGGAGUUUCUCUUUAAAAACAUGUUUUUUUACGUAUUUGAUUGAAGGGUUGAUGCUGCCCUGAGCACACAUUUGUGUUGUUUCGUUGUUUCUCCAGUCGAGAUGCUAAAGCCUUUUUUCAGAUGUACUUUUCGUGUGUGUUUUUUGUGUGCAAGUGUGUAUGAGUGUGUGUGCUUGUGUGUGUUUUUUUUUUUUUUCAACCAACCGUGCUGCAUUGUAAAAUAUUUCUUGUAUAUAAAGUGUUUUUAAAGUGCAAUAUUGUACAUUGAGUGUAGAGAUUUUUGGACUUUAUUUUCUUAUUUCGCAGUUUAGUUUACAUUGUAAUCCAUAUUUAAGAUAAAAAAAAAAAAUAAUAAUAAAAAAAGGAGAGGAAUCAUUUAGCACUUGUUGGCGUGGCAAACCCGUGAGUUGAGUAUCAUGUUCUACUGUAUUUAUACGCAUGCAUUUUAAAUACGUUUUCAAAUGGUUGACUAAGAACAGCCCCUCAUUUUGACGUUGGAUGUACAGAAAUCCAGCAGUGUGUCACUGAUGCUACUGAUGGGUAUGAUCUUGUCCGGGAGAGUGGGAGUGAUGGAGUGCUUGGCUUGUGUUGGAGGAGAGGAAAGAGAGAGAGAGAGAGAGAGAGAGAGAGAGAGAAAGAAAGACUGUAUGGAAAUAAAACAUUAUACACCCUUCUCUGUGUUACAGUGUAAAAACAAUAAAUACACUUUUAUGA